UGUAAGCGGUCCUAGUGAUCUUUAUGGCCCGGUGACCCACCGAGCUGUUGGAGUUCCAUACGUCGAAGGGCAUUUCUGUGAAUGUCUCUUUGCGGUACGGCUGCCAAUGCAAAAAUGAUGGCGGCGUACAAUGGGGGCGCGUCGGCGGCGGCCGGGGCCCACCACCAUCAUCACCACCACCACCACCUGGCCCACUUGCCCCCUCACUUGCACCAUCACCACCAUCUUCAUCCACAGCAUCACCUGCACCCUGGUUCCGCAGCUGCUGUGCAUCCCGUGCAGCAGCACCUUCAGGUGCAGGCGGCAGCGGUGAAGGCUCAUCAUCAUCAUCAUCAUCAUCAGCACGCUCAUCAUGCCCAACAACUGGAUAUCGAACCUGAUCGACCCAUCGGAUAUGGAGCAUUUGGUGUCGUCUGGUCAGUAACAGAUCCACGGGAUGGAAAGAGAGUUGCUCUCAAAAAGAUGCCCAACGUCUUCCAGAAUCUAGUCUCUUGCAAAAGGGUCUUCCGAGAAUUGAAGAUGUUGUGUUUUUUUAAGCAUGACAACGUACUCUCUGCACUUGACAUUCUCCAACCACCUCACGUCGAUUAUUUUGAAGAAAUAUAUGUUGUCACAGAGUUAAUGCAGAGUGACCUCCAUAAGAUCAUCGUCUCUCCUCAGCCUCUCAGUUCAGAUCAUGUCAAAGUUUUUUUGUAUCAGAUUUUAAGAGGUCUGAAGUAUUUACAUUCAGCCGGCAUUUUGCAUCGAGACAUUAAACCAGGGAAUCUGCUCGUGAACAGCAACUGUGUACUUAAGAUUUGUGACUUUGGAUUGGCUAGGGUGGAAGAACUUGACGAAUCUCGUCAUAUGACUCAGGAAGUUGUCACUCAGUAUUAUCGGGCUCCUGAAAUCCUAAUGGGGAGCCGUCAUUACACUAAUGCUAUAGACAUCUGGUCUGUAGGAUGCAUCUUUGCAGAGCUGCUUGGACGAAGAAUAUUAUUUCAGGCACAAAGUCCAAUACAACAGUUGGAUUUGAUUACGGAUUUGUUGGGAACACCGUCACUUGAAGCAAUGAGGACAGCUUGUGAAGGCGCCAAGGCACAUAUACUCAGGGGUCCUCAUAAACAGCCAUCUCUUCCUGUCCUGUACACACUGUCCAGCCAGGCCACUCAUGAAGCUGUUCAUCUACUUUGCAGGAUGUUAGUCUUUGAUCCAUCUAAAAGGAUAUCUUCAAAAGACGCCUUGGCUCACCCAUACCUGGAUGAAGGUCGUCUACGAUAUCAUACCUGUAUGUGCAAAUGUUGUUUCUCCACAUCUACUGGCAGAGUCUACACCAAUGACUUUGAACCCAUUACGAAUCCAAAAUUUGAUGACACAUUUGAGAAGAACCUUAGCUCUGUACGGCAGGUGAAAGAAAUCAUCCAUCAAUUUAUUUUGGAGCAGCAGAAAGGAAACAGGGUGCCGCUCUGCAUCAACCCUCAGUCUGCUGCAUUUAAAAGCUUUAUAAGUUCCACUGUUGCUCAGCCAUCUGAGAUGCCGCCAUCUCCACUGGUUUGGGAAUAAGUGUGGAAGACUUACUACUGAAGGUGUCCUGUAGCUUUCCACUGGAGUCUGGGAAUUGCAAUUCUGAUAAUGCUUGUACUGUCAUUUUCUUUCUUAGGAUUUAACUUAUCAACCACUAACCGUAAAUCUAUAUUCUAUUUAAGACAAAUGGUGUUUUUAUCGACUUUGUCUCAUAUGUCGGUGGUUGUUUUAUUAGCUAAUUUAUCCCUGAGUUGCUGAUUUUAUGAAUUUGAAGCAGUUUUAAGGCUCAGAACAAAUUGACAGUUGCACCAAAUUUUGCAGAAUUAUUUUUUUUUCUUUUUUGUA